UUGGAUCUACCCAUACCAAUCAAUCAUCUCAAUCUCAAAAACGUCACCGUAUUUAAUCCCCUUUUCCACGCGUUUCUCAUCAUAUCAAUCAAACCAACAACCGAUUCCUUCUGAUUUCUCGAGGUUAACCCACCGCUACCGCACCAAUCUCCGACGAACUCUCCCUCCGGCAACAACUCGCCGAUCAACCUUUUCACUCUAUCAGUCAUGAAUCCUGAAUAUGAUUAUCUGUUUAAGCUUCUUUUGAUUGGAGACUCUGGUGUUGGAAAAUCAUGCCUUCUGCUCAGAUUUGCUGAUGAUUCUUACAUUGACAGCUACAUAAGCACAAUUGGAGUUGAUUUUAAAAUCCGCACAGUUGAACAGGAUGGGAAGACCAUUAAGCUCCAAAUCUGGGAUACAGCUGGGCAAGAACGAUUCAGGACAAUCACCAGUAGCUACUACCGUGGGGCACAUGGAAUCAUUAUUGUCUAUGAUGUGACAGAUGAAGAGAGCUUCAAUAAUGUGAAGCAAUGGCUCAGUGAAAUUGACCGCUAUGCUAGUGAUAAUGUUAACAAGCUCUUGGUUGGCAACAAGUGCGAUCUGACAUCAGAGAGAGCUGUGUCAUAUGAUACAGCUAAAGCAUUUGCAGAUGAAAUAGGCAUACCUUUUAUGGAGACAAGUGCAAAGGAUUCUACAAAUGUCGAACAGGCAUUUAUGGCCAUGGCUUCUUCCAUCAAGGAUAGAAUGGCUAGCCAACCUACAAACAAUGCAAGGCCUCCAACAGUGCAGAUAAGGGGACAGCCAGUUGGCCAGAAAAGUGGGUGCUGCUCAUCUUAACCACAAGAUAUUCUGAUCUAUUUCAUUUGGUCUACUGCUCGUUGCUUGUAAGAUUUUUUGGUUUUGUUAUUAUAUGACUAAACUAAACUAGUGGACCAUUGUAAGAAUUUGUCUGGUGGUUUGGAACUGACCUAGAUGAUCCCAUUCUUUGAAUAUACUUAAUGGUAUGGCUUGUGCAAAGUACAAUAUUCAUUAAUGCUAAACCUAUAUUCCUGCCGUUGUUUCA